AUGUCAAACAAGCGGCCAGCUGAGGAGUCUGCCAGCUCUGCAGCUGGGGCCCCGGCAGCCAAGAAAAUAGCUGUUCCAUAUGACAGUUUACAGUUGGGAAAAAUCUAUUCUCUGGAAGAACUCGAUCUAAAGGUGCUGGUGUUUCAAAACAGAAAACUAGCAGAACGUAUCGAACAGCGAAAGAAAGCUGAAACUGAACUCAAGAAGCGUAUAGAACAGCUAGAGAACAGACAACGCACUGACGAUGCAGUGUUGAUGAUUGUGAACAGAUACUGGAAUCAGCUUGAUGAAGAUGUUCGAGUUUUGCUUCAAAGAUUUGAUGCAGAGACCUCUGAUGAGACAGAAACAAAAAAUGAAAGCAGUGAACUGACCUCUUUUUUAACACUGUUGUCAACCUGGGACAAACAGGAGCUAGAGGAGAAACUAGGUCAGCGCGUGGAGUUUUCAAAACGAGCUAUUGGCAAGUUGUUACAGGCUUUUGACAGAAUGUUACAGAGAAAUGAAAAGCUGCAUCACGCCAUAGAGGAUAAG